UCUGUUCAAAAGAAUGUGCUUUGGGCACGGAAUCCGCCAUGUGACUACUUCCCCUUACUAUCCACAGCCUUCUCAUGCUGAAAGGUUCAAUCGCAAUCUUCGUUCCGCUCUCAUAGCUUUCCAUGCUGACAAGCAGACCACCUGGGAUCAGGAACUCCCUUGGCUUCAGUUUGCUUUCAAUACUGCUCACCAUGAGAGUCACAAGGCGGUCCCUUUCGAGCUGUUUCUAGGCUAUCCGCCUAACAACCCGUUAGCGAAUGUGUGGGGAAUUGGCGACCUUCUGCCACCUCCUGGUGCGGCUGAUGUCAAGGCAACUUGGCAAGCGGCCAGGAGAAACUUGAUCAGAGCUAGGGAAUUGGUCCGGAGGAAGCACAAUCGUGGUAGAGUAGACAACCCUUUCCAGGUGGGGGAUUUGGUGUUUUGUAAAGCUCAUCCAGCCAGUUCGGCUGUGGACAAGAGAGCUGCAAAGUUGUGUCAUCGGUGGUCAGGUCCCCACCGCAUCCUGAGGUUUUUGACGCCUGUCACGGCGGAGCUUGGAGAUCCGCGGACUGGAAAAGUGUUCCGGAGGGCGCACAUUUCUCAUCUCAAGCCCUUCCGCGGAACUCUUCCGUAGGCAAUUUUCUUUCCUCUUGUGUCUGGGUGGGAAGUGCACUGGGCCAGAGAACCUGAUCACUUCUCCUGUCCCCUGUGUUCUGCGAAGGAAUUUCCCUCACAAAAUUUUCCAGCUCUGGCCAGAGCAAACCCUGGGGGUGAGUUUUCCCCUCAGUUUGGAAGUCCCUUGGCGUUCCCCACCACAGACACCUGAGUUGUCUUUCAGGUCAAUUUCUUUUCAGGAAGUGGGGGAGAGGCUUGUUUGUUUGUCCCUUUUGGAGAGGAGUGUCCUCUUUUGGGGAGGGAGGUUGAGCCGUGACUAUUUCCACCGGGCGAAUGUCACGACUCAUGAUCAAUGGUUCAAGUGUUUUUUUAUAGUAGGCUAGUUCAGUGUUUCGUUGUCACUCCACGGCCCCCCGAACAAGGCUGUGGGUUUUGUUCUUAUUACUCCGACCGCGAAGUGUCAGAGGUUGCGAGACGUCGGAUUUGAGUACUUCACUGAAGAUUUUUAUCCUUUUAAAUCUUCCUUUUUUGGAUAAUAAAUGUGCCUUUAAGUUUUAUUCUUGGCCGUUUGUGAGAACUUUCUUUAUGGAGUAACUUUAGUACGCCCCGCGCGCCUUUUGGGGCCCGUGAGGAGGAAAAUGACUGACCAUCUUCAGCGGAGAGGAAUGUUGCGGCUAGGCUGGCGCUGCAUAUUGGCCCCCUCUCCGCCCUGCCUCUUCUCUCCUCCGGUGCUGUCCGCCCAGCUUCAUGGCCCUCCGGUGUCACACCCUUGAAGACUGUUACCGCAAGUUACCGACUAAUUGUUAUUUAUCUAAUUGUUAUAUAUAUUGCUGUUGCCGAAUGGACUUUAAGAUUUUUAACAUUUGUUGACUAUUUAUAAGCACAGCAGCCUAUUGUUAUUUAUUUCAAAUUUUAUUCUACUGUUGCCUAAUCAUCCGAUUUUAAAAUCUCUCCACUGUAUUUAAUUUUUGGGGCCCCUAGUUAAUUGUUAACUUUUCAGAUAUUUAUUAAAAGAGUCAUCAUAUUUUAUUAUUGUUAUAGUUUGUUAAUUUUGGUAAUUUCCUUUUAUUAAAUGUUAAAUUUUUACUAAAUCCUUCUGAUUUUCUGAAUGAUUAAAAUAAAUUAUUGUAAGUCAGCAGCUUAAACGGGUACCUAAAUUUAU